AUGGAUGCUGGAGGAGCCAAAUCAAGGAAUGAUGCAAUCUCAGCUGAGGACAUGACCAGGGACAGCGGACGCCUUGUUGUCGCCUUCAUUGUUGCUAUUGGUCUGUUUUCAGGGCUCCCAGUAUGGUGGAAGACGACUGAAGUUCAUCGGGCCCCACUGCCAAAGUUGAACCUUGAACCAUCACACAAUCCCCUUCCUGUCCAUUCUCCUGUCAUCGUGUCUCUUGUCCUGUUACUGAGUUCGACCAAUGGCGUCAAUGAAGAGGACAGACGUCCCCCUUCCCGCAUGCUGGAGAAGCUCCAGCAAAGUUUGAGCGGCCUCAGCAAGGAGCGCUCAUGGAGGCCGUCUGGGCCGAUGCCGUUCGCUGCUGAUGGCUCCGCUUUACUCUCCUUUUCUCUUCUGAAUGCGGACCCGGCAGACUGGGUCUUUGACUGGGACUUCGCCUCAGCGGAAGAGCAUAUCUUUGCGCCACUGGUGCAGGCUAUCAGUCCUGUCGCUGAGCUGGCAGUGGAAAGCCAGGUGCUGUACUACGCCAGGAGCCAGGUGCGGCCCACAUGGGAUCCUCAGCACCAGGCUUACAUCGUUCCACACUCCGACCUUCCCUUCUUUGUCAACUCCCACGAGUGGCACCUGGACACGUCGGUUGCCUCUGCCGGCCGCUCCAAGCUGCUGCACUUUGCGGUCUACGUCCCCGCGGCAGACGAGUGCCCCCUCCACUUCAAACUGCCCAAUGGGAAACUGUCCCCGACGGACGGGUUCACGGUGCCGUCGUGGGGAGGGGUCGUGGUGUGGAACCCUCCGCAGUGUUCAAGAAACGCGUCCUCGGAUACUGGUCCAAGGACAAUCCCCUCCAGCGAGCUGCGCCGAAUUCUCGCCAUCCAGAUCGGCCAGCUGCGCACCCUGUUCGGUCUGUCUGCGACGCCCAAGCGGUCUGCCGAAGUGCAAACGCUGUCGCCGGGGCCAAAAGGCUUUGCAGGCUGGGAGGUUGCCGCCCUGCUGCGGACGCGCUCCUCCGACGAUACGCGGGAGGCCCUGUCGACGCUGCGGUCGCUGUCCACGCUGGUGUCCGCGCUGUCCAACAUGGUGGUCCACGACAGCAUUGCGGACCAGGUGACGCGCGCCCUGGCGGCCGCGGGCGAAGCGCAGACGGCCAUGCUGGCCGGCAGCUACGAGGCAGCAGCCAGUGCCGCAAGGAAUGCUCGAGCGCAAGCCGAAUCCGCCUUCUUCCACCCGACGCUCAUGUCCCUGCUGUACUUCCCAAGCGAGCACCACAUGGCCAUCUACAUGCCCCUCUUUCUACCCGUCCUUGUGAACGUGUGUGCCGCCGUCUGUCGAGAAGCUUUGAGGUGGGGUCGGGGUCGUUGUAGGCGAAGGCUUAGCGAAACUUUGAGUAGGUUCAAGCGGAACCAACUGUGAACUGCUCGUGU